CCACACUCCUACCCCCCUCUCCCUUUGCUUACAAGGAUACAGGGGGCUUGCAUGGCGACACGGAGAGGGGGUCAUCGUGGAGAGACGCAGAGAGAAAAGGGGAGAGAGGAAAAAGGAACAAGACAGGGAUAACUAAGAGGAGCAUCUGAGAGGAUAACUGCCUGUUUGCUCACUCUUGUCUUCAUGCUCCCCCUCCUGUCCAUUCACUUCCACUCACAGCACAAACGCUCAGACAGCUAGGUAGGCACAGCGGAGCACAGAGCUCUGAGGGAUGGAUAAAAAGGUUCCCACGUGAAAGACAUGAAUCCACGGAAGAAGAGGAGGGUGAGAUAGAAGAAGACACAACCAGAGAGGAAAGGAGAGAGGUGAGGAGGAGAGGAAAGGGAGACAAGAGAGGAGCAGAUGGACUCUACAUUAGGGGAAAGCAAACAGUGUGAAGCUCACCGAGCAGCAGUGACAGAGAGGUGGGAAUAAAAAGCAAACAUGAACGCCAGAGGGAUGGAAGAAUGGGCUGAAGAGACGUGAAGGAAUAGCAGAGAAGAGGAGCGAGCGUUUGUGGGAGAAAGAGACAACACAGAGGGAAGCAGGAAGAGAGAGAUAUGUGGAGCUCACGCUGUCUUCAGCCAUGAGAGAAUGAGUCACUGAGAGAAGAGCUGAGAAAAGAAAGAGAGAGUGAUAAAAGCAAAAGGAAGGGAGCAAGGACAAAAACAGCGGAAACAGAUUGGCCAUUAUGGGGAAGUAUGCCGGUCUAUCCCAUACGUUGGUCAUCCAAUCUCCUGAGGGCCCAGGACAAAAAGCAGGUGGAGAAGGAGGGCCUGCCAAGUAGACAAGCCAGUGUGAUGGACACAGAAAGCAUGGGCAGGCUGCAUUCCCUUCCUCCCUGCUUGUUUACCGGUAACCUCUCUGGCCUCAUCAAGAGUUCAUCUCCCUGGAAAGUUAAAGAGAAAUGCGAAUAAGUGAGCAAAAUUGAGCAAUGAGCAAAGUGCACAACCAUAGAAGACAUGGAACAGUAUGGAAACUUAUCACAUACUCAUUUUAAAGAAUACCUGAUGCUGCAUAUAUUUAUUUUUGUACAAAGGUAAGAGUUGAGACCCAUAAGGAUUUUUGGGUUACCAAUUAUCAGUGAUCGAUACUUAAUUUUACUUGCUGUGCUUAAUAUUACUACACCUUGACCUGUGAAUAUGGUAAUCCAUCCUUUCUAGAGGACAGUUUUAGCUGUAAAUGAAGAACUUGGUGUGUAGAUUUGAGAUAACCUGAGCAGCUGCACAUAAUCUUAUUGUGUUCUGUGAUAAAACUGGAACUCAGUCAAUCAAUUGUACAGCUCUCCCACUGUUAUAUUGAAUAUAUAGUAAAGGGGAGAUCACUUUCCUUGUUGACGCACUAACACAACUAGGCCUUGACAACAUCAAACUGCCUGCAGAGCCUGUGGAUGUUGGGGGAGCAAAAGAGACAAGAGAAAUGGUGAGCAAAGAGCCCAACCACUUACUCACAAGCCGAACCAACGGCAAGAGCACCUUGGCGGACAAGUUGCCUGGGACAAUGACUGUGCGCUCUGUGCUGCUCAAUCGAGACUCCCCAGAUAUUGAGAGCCGCCUCAAGCGGCGCCGUAACCGCACACACCAGGUCCGCUUUAAAGACUUGGAGGAUGGCAGCAGCAGCAGUGGCAACAGUGGAACAGGAGAAAACAAUAGCCAUCAGAGGCCUGCCACAGAUUGUGGCAGCCCACAUCCUCUUCGCAAACACAACAGCAGGUCCCCCCAGCCAUGGACUGAAAAGGAUGGGGCACGGACUGAGGGUCUACCUGGCCAAACUUCUGUGGUGGGGGCUGUGCGUGGGGACAUGGCAAGUACUAUAGAGGUGGUGGCCGCUUUCUUAGCCAGGGCCCCUCCUCAUCCAUUGACGCCGGGUCCUACACGUAGAUGCUGGGCACCACCACAGACUAACUCCCUAACCUUGCCAAUGACACGCAAGCCCAGUACGAGCACCAGCACAGCCAUCCAGACCUCCCCAUGCCUGAAAAAGCCCCAGUCCCUCUCUUCCACACACACACGUAGCCACAGCCUGGGGGACUCAGUGGGCAUGGAUGGGGAUGACGAACACGACUCUCAAGAUGAGUACCUUACGCACAACCAUGUGUUGUUGCCGGGGUCCAAAGACCAGAAUGGUCCUCCUGUACCUGGGGAUCGAACUGUGGUAGAAAGGAGGUCUAAAGCCUCCAGGACAGACAUUAAAUCAGCAGUUAGUGUGGUAAAAAACUCAAGGCACAGCUGUCCUCCUUCAGUCCUUCUUACCACUGAGCCAUGUCACUGUUCCUCUGUAUCCUGUCGAGAUGGCCCCAAGCGUCAAGGAAGCAGUACUCCCUCAGUGGUCAGGAGGAGAAAACGGCUGAAUAGGACAACAAGUGAUCCUGGAAAGGAAGUGCACUACUGCAAUACUCUCACUCAGACUGAAAGCCCUAGGCCAUCCCUGCAACAAUCAAAUGCCAGACUCUGUACUACCCAAGUUCAAACUGAGAGCCCUUCCACACCUCUAAAUUCAAAAUAUUGCACGGCCCAAAGUCAAACUGAGAGUCAACAUCAGCCUCCACCUUUGAGUGACAAACAAUGCACAACUCAAAUUCAAAUCAUGAACUCUCGUCCAACCCUACCUCCAAAUGCUGAGCAGUGCACCACUCAAAUACAAACAGACUCGCCCUGUCACUCUCCUCCAAAUCAUCAACUUUGCACUACCCAGACACAAAAUUGCAGCCCCUGUGCUUCCCCACCUCUGACAGAAUCAUCAAUGCAAAUUCAAUCUGAGAGUCCUGUAUCCCCAACUACAACUCAAGACCCUCCCACCACCCAAAUAACUACUGUGCCUUACUGUUCCUCUCCCCCACCUACAAGUGCACCAACACAGACCCCUGAACACUGCGCUAAGCCACCUUGCUCCUCUCCAGCAGAGCCGGCUUGCACCGCUCACCUCCACCCAUAGCACUGUCCAUUCCUUGCUGCACUU